AGAAUGGGAGGAGAAAGAGGAGGGGAAAGAGAGCAUGAAAGCGAGGUAUCUUGAUCCGUAGUGCACAUCUCCACAAACCCUGUCCUGCUGUCUACCAUCACAGCCAGAGAUGAUGUCAUCGGAGAUCUUUGUUCCUGGUUGGCUGCAGCAUCUGUUCGUCGUUCUGCUCAGGUUUACGCUGUCCUGCGCGGCCCCAAUGAACCUGACCAACGGGACCGAGUGCAGCGCUCGAGGACCCGCCCCUUACAUCCUGGUGUUCACCGGCCACUGGAGUCCACAGACCUUCCCCAAACAGUAUCCCCUGUUCCGACCACCUGCUCAGUGGUCCAAGCUCAUGGCCGUGACCCAUAAUGAGCAGUUCCGGCUGUGGCAGGAGGGGGCGCCGGCGAGCGAUGGCUUGAAGAGCUUUGCUGAGCAGGGGCUCACAGUGGAUCUGGUGAAGGAUGCGAAGGAGGCGAGGAAGGGGCGAGCGGUGGGGUCCAUGUACCGCACAGCUGGGAUUCCCUCUGGCAUCGGCCACAGCUCCACUGAGAUACUUCUGACGCCCAGGAGUCCGCUGCUGUCUCUGAUAGUGAAAGUGAUCCCCAGUCCAGACUGGUUUGUGGGGAUUGACAGCCUGAACCUGUGUGAGGGUGGGCAGUGGAAACAGGAAGUGACCUUUGACUUGCACCCAUUUGAUGCCGGCACAGACAGUGGCUUCACUUUCUCUUCACCGAACUUUCCUACAACACCUCCUGAAAAUAUCACCAUGAUUACCUCUCAGAAGCCAAACCACCCAGCAAAUUCCUUCUAUUACCCUCGGCUAGCAGAUCUCCCUCCUCUGGCCACCAUAUGGUUGAAGCGUCAGAGCCGCUCACCUGUCCGUCAACAGAACCGGGUGUCCAAUCACAUCCUGCCUGAAGCAACCAAACCUCACAGAUUCUCAGAAACGCCGCUGGACUGCGAGGUGUCGAUGUGGUCGUCCUGGGGCCUGUGUCUGGGGCCGUGCUCUCGGGGCGGACUUCGCCAUCGCACCCGAUAUAUCCUGCUGAAACCCGCCAACAGUGGCACGCCGUGUCCCGAGCUGGAGGAACAAGAGGAGUGCACGCCGCACAACUGCCUCGCGUAUCAGUGAUGCCGGUCACACCGCUGGCAUAGACACUUCGACGCUGUCCAAACGGAGAGCCGAGUUUAACCUCAUGCCAAUGCCUAGUCACGGGAGAGCCGCCUGGCUGGGACGUCCUGUGAGCUGCAUUGGCUCCUCUCCUCACUGGAAAAGAACGGCUCGUAUUCUGUUAAUAGAGACUUUGAUUACGGGUGCUGUACUCGCAGUAAUCUCAGUGUAUCUUUGCAUAAUCGCCCAAUAUUUUGCCAAUAUAGAUUUGUGGAAUAGACAACUUGCAGUUGCCCAACCACUGAUUUGAACAUAACUACACGAAUUAACAUAAGCCUUCCUCUCGAUCUCACAACAGUAGCAACCUUUUUGAAGUAGCCUAGUUGUGUUUUGAGUGAUUUGACAGAUGGUGCAGUUAUAGUAUGCUGUGGAAGUCAACUGGUAGUUCAUUAGUAGUAAAAUAACACUUGAAGA